ACACCAUGCGCCAAACCGUGCCUACCGCUAGGCAAGGCCCAUCCUGAGUCCUACAUACUCAAGUACCGGUACUAUAUCGUACCUAUGAUCUCUUCAUCCGGUCCAAAAUCCAAUCCCUCUCUAUGGCCCCACGGUACUGGUCCGUUAAUCAUACUGUACCGGUAGUACUCGAGUAAUUGAUCCACAGGAUUGGUUGCCCGGCAACCCGUUUCUAUCGUCAUUCCAGCUCAUCCGCUGCUAGUAACCGUGCCAAGGUUGCGAAAGCCCAGACUGUGAUGGCUCAGCCUCAUCCAGCAGGCAGAUCCAUCCGUCGUUCUCCCGAGCUGUUCGUCAGUUUUUCGGCUCAUCUGACAACCGAGCCCCUCACUACAAGUAUUCGAUGGCCACUUGCUUGUCUGCACUUCGCUUCCCUUCCUUCCAACGAUCCAGACAAACCAAGCUCUCAUCCGCCGUACUCGAGUGCUUGAGCACAAUCGUGCACCUCUGCUACAAGAAAAAGAAAAAAGAAAAAAAAAAAACCGGGAAACCUAUCGCAUGGAAAGGCAUCUUACCUUCCGCGAUUGGAUAAGUUAACUAAUAGGGUGUGGGUGUUUUGCACCAAGAAGGGUUUGGCGCAGAAUACAACUGAGUUUGCCAACUCAUCAGUGCAUACCGAUAACAUGCACUCACUGCACUAGAAAAGGGUUUAUUCAUUUCAAAGAAAGAGAGCGAGAGCGAGAGAAAGAGGUAAGAAAGAGCACUGGGAUGCUUUUUUCUUUUCUCUUUCGUCCCUCAUGCACGUCGUCAGGAAACCUACUACUCGUAUUUGACUUGGCAUGCGUUACAUUACGGCGGGGCGGGGCUUUCCACUCAUCUCUCCCCUUGAUGAAAGUUGCUAGUUUUGGGGUCUUUUUUGUUUUGAAACCUCUCGUGGGGGGUUUCGCUUCCAUUCCAUUUCAUGUUCUAAAACUAUCCCUUGUACGUUUGCUAUCGGUAUUGUUGACUUCAAUAUCAAUUUAUUAUCCUGAUAGUUACUAUGAUAGAUACGGUUGUUCUACCGGUACUGUAUGAUACCGGACACUGUGGCAACUGGCUUGCGUUGUCGCCCUCGUCAAGCCUUGCGGACCAUUCUUGUGCGAAAUACGUCUACUUUUGGCGAAAGCCUACCAUACAUGCCGCCUGCGCAUCACUGAGAUCACUGCAAGCAUCGAUAUCCUGUUGCUCCCUUGCGACAAGAUAGCGCGCUUGUUCAAUCAAGCUGGGCUGUUUCCAGUCCCCCGGUCCUCUGAGAUCCAAUGGACGGAUAUUGAUCACAAUUUUUCCACCCCCACUAUGAGGAUGGCUACAGAUAUCAAUCAACACCAAUUGACAAAACACAAUUGGUGAAAACCCAUUCUGCCCUGCUUAAUGCUUUAAACGCUGCGUUGUUUCAUGUAUAUCUUUUCCCUUCACCAUUUUUAUCAGUGGGUCUUUUUUUUCUUCUUUUCUUCUUUCAAUUCUUCCCCUUCCUUUUCUCCUCUGGGCACUGAUACGACACUGACACGGGGAAUCACAAUCAUCCACCACCCACGGCUGCUUGCGAGUUUUCCAAGAAACGGAAAACACAUUUGCACCCGGUCCUCAUUCUCACUACCUCGAGCAGAUUCCAGGAAUCCUACCUUCUGUACAUUCAUACCGAGGCACUGUACACACUUUCCGCCGUUCUGAGAUCCAGGACCCUUCGGCAUGGUACUUGUUUGCGUGCGAUUGAUCCCAUCCUUCCAACGCCGACAAAUAUAACAGACAGGACAUGGACAAGUACUCAGUAAUUAAUUAACAAUCGCAAAAGUCUCUAUCGAUGCCUCGAUGCACCGAAACCAUGUGCCAAUUCGCCGACUUUGGUUAACCAAGCCUUCCUCCACCCACCC